AGAAGACAAGCUUAAAAAAAGCUACGUGAGUUUAUACAACUACAAUGUCGUCAAGGAGUCGAUCGGUCGAUUCAUCGGACGGUCUAGCUUGCGCGUUCUGUUUCGUCGUUGCAACUCGCAGGUCUUCGUUCGCGGACGGUAGUUGUAUCUUUGGCGCGAAGGAAGGAUUCCGCUUCCUUGGCGCGAAUCCACCAUUGGAUCGCGCAGUGUCUGCUUGACUACCUGUGGAAGCAAAGAGUUCUGUUUGCUUCCAGAACUGUGCGGGGUGACAUCCAACGGUCGACGUCGGGAAAGAGGAUCGAUCAUUCUUUCGCGCGAAAGAUUUCCACCUCAGACUUUUUUUUUUUUCCUCCGCCUGGAAACUUCGCCACUGUCCUUCUUUCAUCGAUCAACGCUACUCGAAGGGAUUGGCCGAUCAGAUCUCCGCAAUUGGAGAUCCGUUCGCCGUGGAUGACUGAUCGCUUUCGAGCAUCUCUUCUUGUAUUCUCUUAGUUUCUGGCCUUUGAAUCAGGGUUUCGGAGAUGAGUUCUAGGGAUGAGAAAUCGGCGAGCAGUGGAUUCUUCUCCGCGAUCAGGAACUGGGGCAGUGCGGUGCAUAAAUCGGUGAAUGGGUUAUUGGGUUAUGAAGGACUUGAAGUAAUCAAUCCUGAAGGAGGCACAGAAGAUGCAGAGGCUGAAGCUCAAAGAGGAAGAUGGAAGCAGGAGGAUCGAGAUAGCUAUUGGAAGAUGAUGCACAAAUAUGUAGGAUCAGAUGUCACUUCACUGGUGACACUUCCAGUUAUUAUUUUCGAACCAAUGACAAUGCUUCAGAAAAUGGCAGAGUUAAUGGAGUACUGUUACCUAUUAGAUCUGGCAGAUGAAUGCGAGGAUCCGUAUAUGCAGUUGGUGUAUGCAUCUUCAUGGGCAAUAUCUGUCUACUUUGCCUACCAGCGAACUUGGAAGCCUUUCAAUCCCAUCCUAGGAGAGACUUAUGAAAUGGUCAAUCAUGGUGGUAUUACAUUUAUUGCAGAGCAGGUCAGUCACCAUCCUCCAAUGAGUGCAGCCCAUGCUGAGAAUGAACAUUUUAUUUAUGACAUUACUUCUAAAUUGAAAACUAAGUUUUUAGGAAAUUCACUGGAAGUCUAUCCAGUUGGAAGGACAAGGGUGACUCUGAAGAAAGCUGGUGUUGUCCUAGAUUUGGUGCCCCCUCCUACAAAAGUUAAUAAUCUUAUAUUUGGACGUACAUGGGUUGAUUCACCUGGGGAGAUGAUUAUGACAAAUUUGACUACGGGGGAUAAAGUUGUUCUUUAUUUUCAACCUUGUGGCUGGUUUGGGGCUGGCCGAUAUGAAGUGGAUGGAUAUGUGUAUGAUGCAGAAGAAGAACCCAAGGUAUUAAUGACUGGGAAAUGGAGUGAGUCGAUGAGUUGUCAGCCUUGUGAUCAUGAAGGGGAGCCCUUGCCAGGCACUGAAUUGAAAGAGGUCUGGAGAGUUGCUGCGACACCAGAGAAUGAUAAAUAUCAGUACACAUAUUUUGCUCACAAAAUAAACAGCUUCAACACAGCACCCAAAAAGUUAUUGGCAUCAGACUCGCGGUUGCGGCCUGAUAGAUAUGCGCUUGAGAAAGGUGACAUGUCUAAAGCUGGUGCAGAAAAGAGCAGCUAUGGUUCUUGGCAUGGUUGAUCCCUUGUUCUAUGAAAAAAGAGUCUGGAGGAGCGGCAGAGAGCAGAAAAAAGACAUCGAGAGGCCAAGGGGCACCAAUUUACUGCAAGAUGGUUCAACAUGACGGGUGACAUCACUCCCACUCCUUGGGGUGACCUGGAGGUGUACGAGUACAAUGGUAAAUAUACAGAGCACAGGCUUAAAAUCGACGGUUCAGAUUCCAUUGAGAAAGUUGACAUCACUUCCACCGAGUUCAACCCGUGGCAGUAUGGUUAAAGUCUGCCGAAUGAGGUACCUGGCUUGCACGUAAGCCCUCCUCUAUAUGGUCCCGUAGUUUUAAAUUUGUGUGGGGCAGUGUCUUGUUCUUGGUUUCAUGUGUCUGUAGUGCAGUCAAUAACUGUUUGCUUAAGAGGUUGUUUAGAUGGCAUCAUUCCAAAUAUUUGUGUUUGUUUUUCCCAGCCUUUGUAGCAGCAAUUCGAGAAUUUUGCCUUCCAAUUCCUUUUAUUUUGUUGGCGUUAUAGUUCACCACUUAAAAAAAGAAAAUCUGUUCACGCCAUGUGAACUAAUGGCGAACUCACUGUCUGAGUAAAACAUAGGAUGGUGGGUUGGAGGCAGGGUAUUGUAGUUCAGUAGAUGUGAUAAUUGAGUUCUCACAUUGAUGUUUUGUUUGUUUUA